AUGGCUUCGCGCGCGUCGGUCUCGCGCGCGUCCGCGUCCGCGCGCGCGCGCGUCGCGACGCGGUCGCGGGCGACGCGAUGGGCGACGCGCGCGCGCGGGGUCCCGAGAGGGACGGAUUGGGACGUGCACAAGUUCGGGGGGACGUGCGUCGGGAGCGCCGAGCGCAUCGCCGGGGUGUGCGAGUUGCUCAUGAAGAACGAUUCCAAGUACACGAUGGGGAUCGUUUCGGCGAUGGGUGUGAUCAGUAAGGGUGAGCCCAAGGUGACGGAUUGUUUGAUCAACGCCACGGACAUGGCGGCGGCUCGGAAUGAGAAGUACACGGAGGAGUUGAACAAGCUCGAGGAUAAGCACGUGACCACGGCCAAGGCGUUGCUCACGGACGAGGCGGAGUACGACGCGUACAUCACCGCCUUCCACGAAGAGCUCAACGACUUGAAGGCUAUGUUCAAGGCUAUCUACAUCGCUGGAUGCUCGACGCAGGCGUUCGGAGACUUUGUCGUCGGUCACGGCGAACUUUGGACGGCUCGCCUGUGCGCGGCGCACAUUCGCUGCAAGGGCGGCAAGGCUGUGUGGAUCGACGCGCGAGACAUUCUCGUCGUCACCGAUAGCGAAGACGGUGGCGUUGAUGUGAACUACAACCUGUCCAACGCCAACUUGGAUAAGUGGUUCGACGCGCACAUGCAAGAGGGCGCGGUUGUCAUGGUGACGGGGUUCAUCGCGCGAACGCCAGAGGGCGUUCCGACGACGCUCAAGCGCAACGGUUCGGAUUACUCCGCCACCAUUUUCGGCGCUCUCGUUCAGGGUAGAAACAUCACCAUCUGGACCGACGUUGAUGGUGUCUACAGCGCCGAUCCACGUCGCGUCAAGGGCGCCAAGUCAUUGGCGUCACUCUCGUACAACGAAGCUUGGGAGCUCGCGUACUUCGGAGCCAACGUCCUUCACCCACGCACGACACUUCCAGCGAUGAAGUACAACAUCCCGGUGACGCUGCGCAACUAUUUCAACCAGGCAGCUCCUGGUACGUCCAUCGGGAUGACGUGCAACGUGCCGUCCGUGGAGGGUGAAGGCGUAGUGGGCAAGUAUGAGACGCGCGAUUCUAGCGGCGAACUCGUCAAGGGUAUCGCCACCAUCGAUGACGUUUGCCUCAUCAACGUCGAGGGUACCGGUAUGGUUGGCGUUCCUGGCACGGCGAACGCGGUCUUCAGCGCCGUCAAGGAGGCUGGUUGCAACGUGGUGAUGAUUUCGCAAGCGUCAUCCGAGCACUCCAUUUGCUUUGCCGUUCGCUCCCAUGAAGCGGAUAAGGCGGUGAGCGCGCUGAACAAGAAGUUUGAGAAGGCUAUCGCUGCUGGUCGUAUUUCUAACAUCGAAGCCGUGAAGGACUGCUCCGUCAUGGCCAUCGUCGGCCAAAACAUGUGCAAAACGCCGGGCGUCGCCGCGAUGCUCUUCGAGGCGUUGGCGCAGAGCGCGGUGAACGUCAUCGCCAUCGCCCAAGGAGCGUCUGAGUACAACAUCACCGUGGUUGUGUCGAAGAAGGACGUGAACAAGGCACUUCAAGCCGUGCACGGACGCUUCUAUCUCUCCAAGACGGCGAUUAGCGUUGGUCUCGUGGGUCCGGGUCUCGUCGGCAAAACGUUGCUUCGCCAAAUGAAGGAACAACUCCAAACGCUCCAAGAUGAGUUCCAAGUCGAACUUCGCACGGUGGCCAUCACCGGUGGUAGAAAGAUGUUACUCAGCGACGAUGCGAUCGAUUUGGACACCUGGGAGGAGGAGUACGGCAACGGCGUUCCGGCCGACAUGGAUGCCUUCACGCAGCAUGUGCUUGAAUCGGCUUCGCCCAACCAAAUCAUCGUCGACUGCUCCGCGUCCGACGAAGUCGCGGGUCACUACAAAGAUUGGUUGUCCAAGGGUUUGCACGUCGUCACGCCGAACAAGAAGGCGAACAGCGGACCGCUGGCGUAUUACAAGGAUUUGCGAUCCAUUCAGCGCAACUCCUACACCCACUAUUUCUAUGAAGCCACAGUCGGCGCCGGUUUGCCAAUCAUCUCCACGCUCCGAAGCUUGCUCGAUGCCGGCGACAAAGUUGAGAGGAUCGAGGGUAUUUUCUCCGGUACACUGUCGUACAUCUUCAACACCUUGGAGCCGGGCGUGGCGUUUAGCGAUAUCGUGGCCCAAGCGAAGGAGGCGGGAUACACUGAGCCGGACCCUCGCGAUGACUUGAGCGGCAUGGACGUCGCCAGAAAGGUCACCAUCUUGGCCCGCGAGUGCGGCCUCAACAUCGAGCUCAGCGACGUUCCGAUCCAGUCACUCGUUCCCGAGCCCUUGCGCGAAGUCGCCACGGCGGACGAGUUCAUGAAGGAGCUCCCCAAGUUCGACGGCGACAUCGCCAAGCAGCAAGAGGAGGCUGACAAGGUUGGCGAGGUCCUGCGCUUCGUCGGCGUCGUCGACGUCAAGGCGGGCACCGGUUCCGUCGAGCUUCGACGUUACCCCAAGGACCACCCAUUCGCUCAACUCAAGGGUAGCGACAACAUCAUCUCCUUUACGUCGCGCUACUACACCUCCGCCGGACCGCUCGUCGUGCGCGGUCCGGGCGCCGGUGCCGAGGUCACCGCCGGCGGUGUCUUCGGCGACAUCCUCCGCGUGUGCGCCUACCUCGGCGCUCCGUCAUAA